CGAGGGGCGGGGCGUAGGGGAGGUAACUGCCUAGUGGUGACGUCACAUCCGGGCCGGAAGGAGGGCGGGCUGACCCGGAAGUGGUUGUUGCGCGAGGUGCCCUGCGAGCUCCGGAGACAGGACCGUCAGAGACCACCAUGCCCAAGCGCAAGGUGACAUUCGAGGACCAGGCCGAGGGGGACGAGGAGGAGGAGGAGCUGGCCAUUCCCAAGAAGAAGCUGGCAGAGCCUGGCCUGGGGGCCAGUGGCCCAGGGAGCCGGUUCAAGGGGAAACACUCCCUGGACAGCGACGAGGAAGACGAGGAUGAGGAUGGGGACGGCGGCCGGGCCAGUAAAUACGACAUCCUGGCAUCAGAGGAUGUGGAGGGGCAGGAGUCGGCCACCAUCGACUAUGAGGACGGGUGCGGUCACCCCUUCAACCUGGAGGAGGAGAUGGAGGAGGGGCACUUCGACUCGGAGAACUACUUCCUGCGGCGCGAGGCCCUGAUCCGCGACAACUGGCUGGACAACAUCGACUGGGUGCGGAUCAAGGAGCAGCCCCCCGGCGGCCGGCAGCCCCCCGGCGGGGGGCAGGAGGAGGACGGGGGGCGCCCCCUGCUGGACAAGCAGACGCUGCUGGAGGGGAUGGUGGAGAUGGUGCGGCCGGAGACGGUGGCCCGGGCCAUCCAGCGCCUGGGCAGCAAGGGAGGCCCGGGCUCGCGCCCCCGCCGGGCCUGGACCCGCGCCAAGGCCGGGACCCCCGCCCCGCCCGAGGAGGGGGAGGCGCCGGGCUCGCCCCAGAGGCGGGAGCAGCUGGAGCGGCUCUCGGGAUUGGCUGACCAGAUGGUGGGCCGGGGCGUCUACGAGAUCUACCAGGAGACCCGCGAGAAGCUGGCGCUCAGGCUGCGGGCGCUGACCCAGCCCCCGCCCGCCCAGCCCCCGCCCGCCCUCGACAUGUUCGCCGAGGACAUCGACGAGGCCAGGCUGAGAACCCAGGCGUCCGGGGGCGCUGCGGCGCCACAGCCCCAGGCCGGGGAGGAGCCGCUGGAGGAGGUGAUGUGGGAGUACAAAUGGGAGAACACGAAUGGGGCCGAGCUCUACGGGCCCUUCAGCAGCACCCAGAUGCAGGAGUGGGUGGACCAGGGCUAUUUCAAGGAGGGCGUUUACUGCCGCAAGGCCGACAAUUCGCAAGGCCAAUUCUACAACUCGAAGCGGGUGGAUUUUGACCUGUACACGUGAUCUGCGACCGGCCUGCGACCCCUGGAGCCGAGGGGGCUGGACUCGAGUCUGGGGGAGCCAGGGAGGGAGGUCGGGCUGCAUACGGGUUGGGGGGGUUGACCCCUAGCUUGGGGGGUGUGGAUGUCUCGUUGUCUUUAUUUUUUU